GUAAAUAGAGUCAAGCCUACCACUGAUAUAUGUCCAUCGCAAAUCUCAACAGACCAGCGGACGCCUUUGAACAACUUGAGACCGAAGACGGUGUCAGACAAGGAGUUUGCCACAUCCGCAUUCAACAGCGUACAGGAAGAAAGACUAUCACUACUGUUCAAGGAAUUGGCACGGAAUACGAUCUCAAAAGAAUUGUUCAAUACUUGAAGAAGAAGCACAGUUGCAAUGGAACUAUUGUCGAGCAUCCAGAAUAUGGAGAGGUUAUCCAAUUGACAGGAGAUCAGCGUGACAAGGUCAAGGACUUCCUCAUCAAGGUCGGUAUCGUAAAUGAGUCCAACUGCAGAGUGCACGGUUUCUAAGCUCCAAACUCCAAAAACUGACCAAAAUGAUGAUGACGCCGUACUUUUCUCUCCCAAUCUUGCUUCCUUUUUGAAGUAUUGAGUUCCCUUUCUAUUUCGCUUUCUUUGGUAUAAUAUUGUCCCUUUUCCCCCAAUCCUGUCUCCGAAUUUCUCCCAAGGAUCUGUCCGCGCCCAUUUUCGUGUUAUUCUAUCUUUUCUUUAUACAUGAACUUGUUAUUUGGUU